UUUCAUUUUAAAUUUCAAUUAUUUGACAAAUGAUUUCAUUUAAUUAAUGAACACAAUAUAAUUAAUGAAAUGUGAAAUUUUACGAUAUUCCAUAAAAAUAAGAUAUAUUUUAGGCUAAUAUAUGGGAAUACUGGGUAUUUUAAUAAUGAUUUAUAUAUAUAUAUUUUAAGUCCUGCAGCAACUAGUUUCCGCCACUGAGAGGCAGCAGCACCGCUCUGGUUCACAGUCUGACACGAACAAGAAGAAACCGGAAGUCCAGUAGUUUACAGUUUAUGGUGAAGUAACAGUAGCUGUUACCUGCAUCAUAACUUAAUGCAUUGCGUGCUGCCUGCAGGUUUCUAAUGGAGGAAGAGGAGCAGCUGCGGUCCUUCAUGUUCCUGAUGACUUACAUGCUGCUGAAGCGGAGGAGAGACUUAAACAACGCCAACAUCCAGAGACGCGAUGAGAUCCAGAGACGCAUCAGACACAGACAGUACUUCUUCCAGAGACAGAGGAGGAUGCUCAUGAUGAUGAUAGCAGGAGGUAUACGCUCCAACGUCCGCAUCCGUACGCGACCCUGGACCACCACUCAGAGCACCGAUUGGUGGGAGCGCGUGGUUAUGACAGAAUUCCAGCCGUCUGAUUGGCUGGAUAAGUUUCGCAUGAGCCGGGAGACGUUCUUCUACCUCUGUGACAAGCUGAGGCCCCGUCUGGCUCGCCAGGACACCAGCUUCCGCCUGGCGCUGCCGGUGGAGAAGCGUGUAGCGGUGGCUCUGUGGCGCCUGGCGUCGAACAUCGAAUACCGCACCAUCAGCACCCUGUUUGGCGUGGGGAAGUCCACCGUGUGCAGGUGCGUUAGGGACAUGUGUCACGCCAUCGUGGCGCUCCUCAGCUCCAUCUACCUGCGGCCCCCCAGUGAGCAGGAGCUGGAGGAUUCAGCCCAGCUCUUCCUGUCCAAUUGGGGCUUCCCUCAUUGCGUCGCUGCCAUAGCAACACUCCACACAGCCAUCAUCACCCCAUCAAACAACGCGUCAGACUACGCCAACCCCGCUGGCUGGCUCUCAGUGCUGUCUCAGGUGGCUGUUAGUGGCCGUGGGCAGUUCUGGGAUGUAUGUGCCAGUUUCCCAGGUGGGACGGACCCAGCUGACAUCUUCCAGAACUCCUCGCUGUGGGCCACAGCUGCAGACGGCGGACUGUCUCCUGCCCCGCCGACUACUUUCAUGGGAAAACCACUCAGGUAUGUGCUGCUGGGGGAGGCCUGCUACCCUCUCCAGAGCUGGCUGAUGAAGGCCUAUCCUGAGGAAAAGAGCUGUAGGGCCAGCCACACAUCGUUGAUGGAGCCACAGCGGCUCUUCAAUCGGCGGCUCAGCAGAGCGCUGCGUGUGUCUGAGGAGGCGCUGCUGAGGCUGAGGGCACGCUGGCAGUGUCUGAGCAAGAGGAACGACUGCGGACUGGACGUGGUGCCAACCAUGAUUCUGGCGUGCUGCAUUCUGCACAACGUGUGCGAGUCUCACGGGGACGCCUUCAAGGCGGAGUGGCAGGUUGAGGUGGCCGCGGCAGAGAGCCCUCAGCCAAGCCACAAGCAGCUCCCCUCAGCCAGCAUGGAGCAAAGUCAUGCUGAGGAGGUCCGACACCUCUUCUGCGACUAUUUUGAUGAGCAAAAUAAUUGAAAAAUCUUCCUGCACACAAAGACUGAUAUUGAAGUCCUCGUAAUCAUUUGUAUUUGUAUUACAGGGCUGCAACUAACGGUUAUUUUCAUUGCCGAUUAAUCUAUCGAUUAUUUUCUUGAUUAAUCGAUUAAUUGUUUGGUCUAUAAAAUGUCCGAAAAUGGUGAAAAAUG